AUGGCAUCUAGUUCAAAUCCUGCCCCAAUGUUUAUCAACUGGACUGCAGUUGAGAUCGAAAAAUUUAUUACUCUAAUGGUUGAUAAUAUGAGGAAUGGUCAAAAGACAAAUACAACCUUUACCAAGAGUGGUUGGAGUAACAUCAAAGCUGGACUUGAAGCUGCAUUUCGACGUUCUUUUACUAAGGACCAACUCCAUAUGUCAAUGAACAAUGAUCAUCAUGAUGAUUCAUCAAGUGAUGAUGAUAUACUCAUGAUAUGUGAACUUCAAAGACAAAUAGAUCAUUAUCGGAUUAGAGAGCCAUUAAUGGAUAGUCGUUACACAGCAUCUAUUAAGGUAGCAGAAAUUUUAAAUGGACAUUCAAAUCUAUGCUAUGAACAUUUUAGGAUGGAAAGACAUAUUUUUCUCAACCUCCGUGAUAAGAUGGUACGAAACGGGUGGUUGACAGAUAAUCGGUAUAUUCGAGUAGAUGAACAACUUGCAAUAUUCCUCGAUACGGUGGCGCAUGGUAAAUCUAGUAGGCAAGAAACAAUCAAGCCGCCUUCUUUUGAUGAAAUCCCCGAUGAGAUUCGACACAACAAAAAGUACUACUCAUAUUUUAAGGAUUGCAUUGGUGCGAUAGACGGUACUCAUAUUAGUGUUGCUGUCCCGGUUCCAGAUCAAACCCGAAGUGCACAUGAUGCUUGGGUAUUUGAAGUAGCAAGAUCAAAUCCCAACUUGGGAUUUCCUCAUCCACCUCCAGGUUAUGCAAGUCAACUAGGAUAUUUAACACCAUUUCGAGGUGAAAGAUAUCAUUUACAAGAUUUUGAAGGGGAUAAAGGGCGUGCAACUACAGUGAAGGAGUUGUUCAACCACCGGCAUUCUUCUUUACGGAAUGUCAUUGAAAGGUCAUUUGACGUGUUGAAAAAUAGGUUUCAAAUUUUAAGGUUAAUGAAACCUUAUGACAUUAAGGAUCAAGCCGCAAUUAUAGUAGCAUGUUAUGGACUGCACAACUACAUCAAAGAAGAACAAUGGCAAGAUGAAUUAUUUGAAGAGUAUGGGAAUGAACAACCAGUGGAAGAUAAACUAAAUCCAGUUCAUCAAACUUUUGAGCAAACUGGUUUAACUGUACCUCAAAGGGUAGGGACAAGAAUUAUGAAUGAGCUUCGAAUAAUUAUUGCAAAUAGUAUGGCUAGAAGAAGGAAGUUAGCGCAGAUUCCAGUUGAAUAG